AUGUUUAAUAAUGUUGGUCGUCUGCUAGUAUCAGAAGCGACGUGCACUUCUCAAAUCCGUCUGCUAGGUAGACGAGCUCCUAAACAAGGAAAACCGCCUAUAUUACCUCCCUCAAAAAAGGUGUUAUACCACGUUGUACACGUGCCUUGGCAGAAGCCUCAGGAUGUUCAAGAGCUUCUUUGGAGGAGAUUAGUUUACAACAACGCCGUCACCUCCUUGAGAAAAGUUUUCCAAGCUGAAAUGCAACAAAAGGAAAACGCCGGAAUGGGACUCGAUGCAAUGAGAGAAGCGGAAGAGAAUGAGUUGAAUGACUUGAUAAAGCAGAAUGAGGAAAACAACAGAAAAAAAGCUGAUUUGAGAAAACUUCGUGAACAGAGUGAAUGGAAAGAAACACAAGCUAUGAUCUUAAAUGAGAUAGAAGAAACAUUGCAAAAGCAGGCUGAGGCGAAAGAAUCAGCUGCUAAAGAGGUCCGUGCUGCUAUCGAGAGAAGUCAUAGCUUUGUCACGAAGGAUAACUUGCUGGAAAGUAUCACAAAUGCCUUGGAAAACCCUGUAGUGUACGACUUUGCAAUUAACAAAAUUGGAGACAAGUUCUUCGACCCCACACCUGUGAAAUAUCAGGAAGGUACCCCUACUCGUCAGAAAGGUCGAUUAUAUGACCGAACUCUGGGUGGACCUCAAAAUAUUUAUGCUCCUAAAGGGGAUGUGUCUGAAAAUCAGAAUUCGCCCUCUUCAUGA